UAGAAGACUUCUAUCAGAGUGUAUUUCUUAAUACUGUGGUGAACCUCGGCCAGCAUUAUGAAAACGUAGAUGAUAUAAAGGAUUGCUGUUCCUCACAAAACAUUCAGACUUCACUGUGUUUUAGUGCUGAUGACCAGUUCACUGGCUCAAUGGAGACCAACGUGGUGAUCCGGCAUGAUGGGCAGAUCAUGUGGGACUCACCAGCCAUCACCAAGAGCUCCUGCAAAGUAGACGUCUCCUUCUUCCCCUUCGACUCGCAGCAGUGCCGGCUGACCUUCGGCUCCUGGACCUACAACGGCAACCAGAUCGACAUCGUGAAUGCGCUGGACAGCGGGGACCUGACUGAUUUCGUGGAGAACGUGGAGUGGGAAAUCCUGGGAAUGCCGUCCAAGAAGAACGUCAUUCUCUAUGGCUGCUGCUCCGAUCCCUACCCGGACAUCACCUACACACUGCUGCUGAAGAGGAGAGCCUCCUUCUACAUCUUCAACCUGCUCCUCCCCUGCGUCAUGAUCUCCUUCCUGGCUCCGCUGGGGUUCUAUCUGCCUGCCGACUCAGGAGAAAAAGUGUCUCUGGGGGUCACUGUUCUGCUAGCGCUCACCGUCUUUCAGCUGCUGGUGGCGGAGAGCAUGCCCCCUUCGGAAAACGUGCCACUCAUAGGAAAAUACUACAUAGCCACAAUGACCAUGAUUACUGCCUCAACUGCCCUGACUAUCUUUAUUAUGAACAUCCAUCACUGUGGCCCAGAAGCCAAGCCUAUCCCCAUAUGGGCAAAGAAGGUCAUCUUGGAGUACAUGGCCAGGAUCUUCUUUGUCUAUGAGGUGGGAGAGAGUUGCCUCAGCCCACAGCCGCCUGAGCAAACAGAGCCCAGGCCUCAGCAGGACAAAGGGAGGAUGGUGAACGGACAGGCUAGGGAGGAAGACUUUGCAUUGAAGGUGAGGAGGAAUCGAGACGGACUGGCGCAGAAGCUUCAGGAAGACCAUGAAGACUUAGAGCAAGGGGUGAGCCCAAGCCUCUCGAUGGGGAAUGUACCCACCAACUGCUACAGCUCCUGUAAUGAGGAAGGCAAAUACGUCAGCUUAGACCGAGGUGAAAGCAGUGAUUGCGUUGGUGGCACAGGGUGUUGCAAAGCCCAGUGCCUGUGCCACAACCAGAGACUCCUGAGGAACAUUGAGUUCAUUGCCAACUACUACCGUGAUCAGAGAGCCACCCAAAAACGGACUGGUGAGUGGAAGAAAGUGGCUAAGGUCAUGGACCGCUUCUUUAUGUGGAUCUUCUUUAUCAUGGUCUUUUUCAUGAGCCUGCUGAUCUUGGGGAAAGUUGUGUCAUGA